UUUCUUGCUGGCACGGCGAUUGAUCCUCGUGCGGGCUGCAGUUGGAGCGGGAGAGAGACAGAGCGAAUGCAAUCGGUCGUUAUGUUUCAUCGCUGUAUAAGUCUAUACUUAAUGUGGCGUUUGAAACAGACGGAACUAUUGAGAGACAGCGCGCACGCCAAGGACGGGGCAUGGGUGUCAGCUGGACGGGCAGAGCUCUGUUUUGGGUGUCCAUAAAUGAGGUUCCGGGUCAGGGGUCGGGGAUCCGGCUUGGCCUUCCCAUUGGCGAAGGUCGGCGCGACGGUCGCCUGGUGACGGUCGCCUAGCGACGGGAAGUGGGGCAAGGGGAGUUAGUUUUGAAAGGAUGCUCAGGCGUUGGUGCAGAAUCCUAGUCGCAGGCUCGGGAUGGACGUGGCGCUGCACAGGCCCUGCUCCAGCUUACUGAUAGUACUGCUGCUCCUCAUCCUACCAGGCUUGGGAAACAUAGACAGCAGCACUACCAAGAAAAAAAACAGUCAUGCCAAAAGGGACAUGGACGAUGAAAAUGGUGAAAUACAACUGGAGGAGAUAUUAAAAAUAAAUCAUGUUCUCAGUGAGUCAGAAGAAGCCAUCAGGUCAGCAACAGCUCAGAAUGGGCAGACUUCAUCCAAUGUAAAGGAAAAUGAGGAAACUGACAAAAAAUUGCAAGAGACAAAUAAUGAUUCUAAUUGGAAUUCACAAGCUCAGCAAGAAACAGUGAAAAGCAGGCAAGAACAGGAAAUGGAAGAAUUCUACCAGAAUGGUACCAAAAUCCUGAAACGGUCUAGAGAUAAGAGACUGAGGAAGGAUAGAGGUUAUAAACUACUGGUGAAAGCAGCUGAUUUUGGAAGCAGUAAAGCCAUGGAGCGAAUAGCCUAUGCCUUAUUAUUUGGUGACCAACUGCCCCAGAAUGUCACAGCAGCUAAAGAUCUCUUUGAAGCCCUGGCAGAAAAUGGCUCUCAUAAGGCACAAACUGCAUUAGGAUUCAUGCAUGCCACUGGUAUUGGUGUGGGCUUUAACCAACCUAAGGCACUGGUGUAUUAUACAUUUGCUGCAUUGGGUGGAAACUUUGUAGCACAUAUGAUUUUGGGCUACAGGUACCUUAAUGGUAUUAAUCUGCCACAGCAUUGUGAAGCAGCUCUCGUACAUUACAGAACAGCAGCAAAAUAUGUGGCAGAUAAUGUUGCUCUUUUUGGAGAAAUUCUGACUGAAAAGGUUCGACUGACAGAAAGGGCUGAGAAUCUUAGCUCCAACGGUGAAAUAAUGGAUUUAGAUUUGUACCAGUACUAUCAGUUCAUAGCAGAAAAAGGAGAUCUUCAGUCACAGGUUGGUCUUGGUCAGCUCCACCUAACAGGGGGCAAAGGAAUAGAACAAGACUAUGAGAAGGCUUUCUACUACUUAUCGAAGGCUGCUCAUGGUGGCAGUACCAAUGCCUUGGGCUUUUUAGGAAAGAUGUAUUCUGAAGGGAACGAAAUUGUGCCUCAGAAUAAUGAAACUGCUCUAAUGUACUUCAGAAUGGCAGCUGAACGGGGCAACCCUAUUGGACUGACGGGUUUAGGAUUAGCUUACCUUUAUGGAAAAGGAGUGCCAGUGGAUUAUGAAGAGGCUUUAAAAUACUUUAAGAAGGCAGCUGAGAAGGGCUGGGUAGAUGGACAGUUUCAACUCGGAGUUAUGCACUAUGCUGGCUUAGGUGUGAAGAAAGACUAUAAAAUGGCUGUCAAAUACUUUCACCAUGCCUCCCAAGCAGGUCAUGCGCUGGCCUUAUACAAUCUAGCUCAGAUGUAUGGGAGUGGAACUGGUGUGGUUAGAUCCUGUCUCACUGCUGCUGAGCUGUAUAAGAAUGUUUGUGAACGAGGCCAAUGGACUGAGAGAUUCUUAUCUGCAUAUUUUGCUUAUAAGGAGAACAACAUAGAUUCUGCCUUUCUUCAGUAUUUAUUCCUUGCUGAGCAAGGAUUUGAAAUGGCUCAAAGCAACGCAGCCUACAUUCUAGAAUAUGAGCAGUCUGCACUCCUCUCACAGAUUGAUUGCUACCAUAUGGCUCUGAUAUACUGGAACCGAGCUGCAGCUCAAGGUUAUUCCUAUGCCAGGAUUAAACUGGGUGAUUAUUAUUAUUAUGGCUAUGGAACAAAUGUAGAUUAUGAAACAGCUGCAAUUCACUAUCGUUUAGCUGCAGAACAGCAACACAGUGCACAAGCUAUGUUCAAUCUGGCGUACAUGUAUGAACAUGGCCUUGGGGCAGAGCAGGAUCUUCAUUUGGCUAAAAGAUUCUACGAUUUGGCUGCAGAAACUAGUACAGAUGCAUAUAUACCUGUCUUCUUUGCACUUUGCAAGCUUGGAGCCAUAAAUUUCAUCCAUUCUAUUCAACAUACCAACGAGCUACCGGAGUGCAAUGGAUAGCAUUCUGACUCUGAGCCAGAUUCUCCGGGUCCAAGUCCAAUGGCCAAGGAAAGUGCGAUCAUUAUGCAGCCGAGCAGAUCGAGUUUCAACUUGUGAAUUCUUCCAACACACCCAGUGGCAGGUAGGAAGAGUGGGCGAGAUUCGGCCCCCCCACCCCAACUAGUCACAUGAUGGAAAGAACGCCAGAUCCUCUACCAAUGUCAUUCACAGCUCCACAUUACAAACCAUGUGUAAAAAUGGGUCUUGCCACAGCAACUCAGUUCCUUAAUGGGGAGGCUGGUUCAAUGGAUAGCAAGAAUGCAUCACAUUGGUAAAUGACAUUGCAGGGUUUGAUCCCUGAUCUAACUGGGUAGGUUUGGGAUCUGCCUCUUUGCACGUCCUACUGAGAAUCUGAAACUUGGAUCUAGGCACAAGAUGGCUUCCCGGUGCAAGUUAGCACAACAAAAUGGCUUCUAGCCUGGGAACUGUAAAUUCUGCUAGAGCUGCAUAAAUACUGCUGUAAUGAUAAGAGAAUGCAGUACAAACCGACCUUCGGUUACAAAUGUUGUGGCGAGAUAAAAAGUAACCUACAUGUUGUGACAUAAGCCAGUUUAUGUUAUUGGUUUAAGUAACUGUCAACGAAGCAAUAUUAUGUAUUGAUUGGUAAUUGUUUGAAUACAAUAUGCGAUCACGCCAUGUACCCUGCUUUAAGAAAAGUAUAAAAAUGUUUGAGUUAAAUUGUGUGUGCAGCUCCCCCGAGGAAUAUGGAAGUGCUCAACUCCUGUGUUUCCCGGAUGAUCUGUACCCAGCCGUAUGAAGAAAAGAGUAAAGUCUUUAACACCCA